CUCAGUCCCCGGCUCCAUGGCGGCUGCAGUGCAAGGCAGCGAGUGGUCGUGCGGCCGCUGCACCUUCCUGAACGCGGGGGUGGCGCGCUGCUCCAUCUGCGAGGCGCCGCGCCAGAAACCCGACCUCAACCAGAUCCUGAGGCUGAGCAGCACCGAGGAGCAGCAACGCUGGGGCGCCCCCGCCUGCACCCUCAACAACCCCCAGGGCUCCGGCGCCUGCACCAUCUGUGGCUUUGGACCCUCGCCAAGCACCCCCACACCGACCACAACCAUGGCCACCAUCGCCAAUGGCCUCGUGCCGCCGGAGACUCCCACGCCUGUCAUGACUCCCACGGUUCUCCUGGAGCCCCGCGGGCAGCAGCCGGCCAAGGAGGAGGCGCUGAGGAGGUCGGAGAGCAACGGGGAGGUGGGGGGCCUGAGCGGUCUGGGUGGACCCGAGGGGCAGCAGCACCACCACUCAGGCUGGGCGUGCCCACGAUGCACGCUUCAUAAUACUCCUGUUGCAUUGUCGUGUUCGGCCUGCGGGGGACCAAGGAAACUGUCGCUGCCCAAGAUCCCACCCGAGGCGCUGGUGGUGCCCGAGGUUCGCACGCCCGUGCUAGGSUUUCCCGUCCACGUAGCAGGGGCCUCCGCCCCUCCACUCCUCAUUGACUUGACAGACGACUCGCCCCCCGCAGCUGCUCCCUGCGAACCCCAGGAGCCCCCCGACACCAACUUGCCCCCUACGCCACUCUCCUCCCCUUUCACUCCCUUCUCUUCUCUCCAGAACAACCCAGUGCCCCGCAGCAGGAGAGAGGUGCCCCCGCCAGGGCGGCCACCCAACCCUAACCCCAACGCCCCCAGCCCCACUUCGCCCUCCGCGGCCUACGUGCCCCCUCCGCCCUGCCCUCCCCUCCGCCCUGCCAAGCCUAAGCAAGCCCAGCCUCAGGAGCCUUCCUUCCCCAGCAAGCGCCUCAGCAUCCUGGAGGAGGAGGACGGCCCCCACCCCCAUCACACCUCCCACGCCCCCGUUACAUCGGCCCCCACUUGGAAGUGCCCAGGAUGCUCCUUGCCCAACCUGAGCGGCUCGUCCAAGUGUGAGGCAUGUCGCUCGUCGCGGGCCGGUGCCGACCUCAUCGACCUGGUGGGCUGCGAGACGGUGCGCUUUACUCCGGCRAGCCCCUCCAGUCCGGACUUCAGCACCUGGGCCUGCUCCAAAUGUACCCUCCGCAACCCCACGGGGGUGGCCAAGUGCUCGGCCUGCGGUUCCUCCAAGCUGCAUGGCUUCCAGGAGCCUAGUUCUCGCUGCUGCCCGCAAUGCGGUCUCCCCGGCCCCUGCUCCUGCUCCUCAGCCUCCUCCUCAUCGUCUUCUGGACACAAGGCCCGAAAACAAGCCCGGGUCUACCCCUCGCCCUCGGCCACCAACACCUCCUCCUCUUCCUCAUCGUCCUCSUCSUCCUCUUCCUCGUGCACGCUACUGCAGGAGAAGCAGUGGGGCUGUCCGGCGUGCACGCUGCUCAACGACGUCAAGUCUAAGAACUGCGCGGCAUGCCACACGGCCCAGCAGUACCUGACRCUGCGCAAGGUGGCCAAGCCACUGAAGAGGAGGGAGAGCAUGCACGUGGAGGCACGGCGGCGCAACGACGAGGGCGAAGCCAAGGAACUCUGGGAGAACAUCACCACCUUCUGUCGAGAGAACGUGGUGAACUUUGUGGACGACAGCUUCCCUCCCAGCCCCCAAUCCGUGGGCUUCCCCGAGGGCGACAGCGUCCAGCAGCGAAUCAAAAAGUGGCUCCGCCCUCACGAGAUCAACUGCAACAACUUUAAGGACCGGGGCGUCAAAUGGUCUGUCUUCCGCACCCCUCGGCCCUCGGACAUCCUGCAAGGCCUGCUGGGAAACUGRUGGUUCCUGAGUGCGUUGGCGGUGCUGGCGGAGCGUCCGGAGCUGGUGGAGAGGGUGAUGAUCACCAGGGSGAUCUGCCAGGAGGGGGCCUACCAGGUCAGGCUUUGUAAGGAUGGUACCUGGAUCACCGUGCUGGUGGACGACAUGCUUCCCUGCGAUGAGCACGGAUACCUGCUCUUCUCCCAGGCUCAGCGUAAGCAGCUCUGGGUGGCCCUGAUAGAGAAGGCCCUGGCCAAGCUCCAUGGCUCCUACUUCGCCCUGCAGGCGGGGCGCGCCAUCGAGGGCUUGGCCACGCUGACGGGGGCGCCGUGUGACUCCCUGAUGCUGCAGGUCAGCUCCACCAACCCCCGCGAGGAGCCCAUCGACACGGACCUCAUCUGGGCCAAGAUGCUGAGCUCCAAAGAGGCCGGGUUUCUAAUGGGGGCGUCAUGCGGAGGAGGGAACAUGAAGGUGGAUGAUGUGACGUACGAGUCGUUGGGCCUCCGCCCUCGCCACGCCUACUCUAUCCUGGACGUACGGGACGUACAGGGCUACAGACUACUGCGGUUGAGGAACCCGUGGGGUCGCUUCUCGUGGAACGGCAGCUGGUCAGACGAGUGGCCUGAUUGGCCGCAACACCUCCGCCAUGAGCUCAUGGCCCACGGCAGCAGCGAGGGUGUCUUCUGGAUAGAAUAUGGAGACUUCAUCAAGUACUUUGACUCGGUGGACAUCUGUAAGAUCCAUUCAGACUGGCAGGAGGUGCGGUUGCAGGGCUAUUUCCCCAGUAGAGCCUGUGGUCCGGUUACGGUUACCGCUCUGACCAUGCUGGAGAGGACCGCGCUGGAGUUCGCCCUCUUCCAGGAGGGCAGCAGGCGGUCGGACACGGCAGACGGCCACCUUUUGGACCUGUGUAUCAUGGUGUUCAGAGCAUCGUUUGGCAGUGGCAACAAGCUGACCUUGGGCAGGCUGAUGGCCCACAGCAAGCGGGCCGUCAAGAAGUUUGUGGGCUGCGACGUGAUGUUGGAGCCGGGCGAGUACGCCGUGGUGUGCUGCGCCUUUAACCACUGGCAGAUGAACGUCGGCGGAGUGGGGCCGCCCACACCAGUGGCYAGCCCCACCAGUGCACGGCGUCCCAACCAGGACUUCCCAGGGCACAUCCUGGCCAUCUACAGCUCCCGUCAGGUGAUGGUGGAGCAGGUGGAGGCUACCGCUACCACGCUGGCCGACGCCAUCAUCCUACUGACCGAGAACAAGGGGGAGAGACACGAGGGUCGCGAGGGCAUGACGUGCUACUACCUGACCCACGGCUGGGCGGGGCUGAUCGUGGUGGUGGAGAACCGCCACCCCAAGUACUACCUCCACGUGUCAUGUGACUGUACGGACAGCUUCAACGUGGUGUCCACCCGCGGCAGCCUUAAGACCAUCGACAGUGUACCGCCUCUGCACAGGCAGGUGCUGGUGGUGCUAUCCCAGCUCGAGGGCAACGCAGGCUUUUCCAUCACCCACCGGCUGGCCCACCGUAAGGCCGCCCAGGCCUCCCUAGGGGACUGGACCCCCACCAAGGCCACGCACAGCCCCCAGCUCACCCCCGACAUCGACGGCCUGCACCGGCCACGGCCCCUAUGACCACGGCCCCCCUUCACGCACACACACACACACACAAGCUGAUGAUUCUCACGUUGACACACGCGUACGUGAACACAUURGUGCGGAAAGCGGGGGGCUGUGUGACGCUGGAGUAAACACAUAUGGAUAGAGGGAGGGGGUGGAUUGUGGAGACAUCCGUGGGAAGGAUGACUGGACGGAGUACUGGCGGUUUUCUUCCUCUUCCUCUUCUUCCUCCUCAAUCCAUGAAUGAUGGGGACUCGAUCCUGCCAAACCACCUGGAUCCAGUUGGGAAGGAGGAGAGGAGAGUGGGUGGAUGUGCCAUUUUGGAUGAGAUGGGAGAUGAGGGAGCCCUCCRAGGUGACGUCAGUGUUUCUAGAGGGGUCCUGAGCCUGAGACCCUCCAACCUCCAACCAACCAGGAAGGAUUCUAGACCUAGCCUCGUCAACUACAACACUGUACUGUUUGUCUGUCUGUGGACCAGGGAUAUUACCCAGACAGACACCCUGACCAGAACAGACCAGRGCCCGUUCUUUCUCUAACCCCCAACAGAUGUCAACGAACGCCCAGGAACACUGACUGUUGACCCCACAUCCCAAAGGCUAAAGGUCAUUCAGAGGCCAGGGUGGAGUGCUGUAACUGCUGAGCCACCUGGUGGCUGUUUCCCCACAGAGCCAAUCAACCACGCUGACCUGACCCCACUGUUCUUGGUCUAUGGACCCACCCCACCAUACUCGAGGUAGAAGUUGCCUUGAGCUGGUCUAGGAURAGCUUCCCCUCCUCAAAGCCUCACUCCCAAUAGGCGCUGCUGUGAGAGGUUUAGUUUGGGAGGGGGAGGGUUAGGUGCUCUCUCCCCCAAGCCCCCUGUCCUGCCUCCUGUACCCUGCACCUUUGGAGCUGUCAACUAUCAACAGGAUUGGGAGGGGGGGGGGGUACAAUACUCUACACCAUGGUACUAUGUGAGCCAAACCCGACUAGCGAUUUUACCACAGUCAUUUACAUUUUUUAAGAAGUUUUAUUGUCUUUCUUUGGUCUGUAUUUUGUACGGUGCUUGAAUCGUUUCAGAAGUCGUCUAGGUUACCGUCUCCACCCGUCUCUCCACCCGUCUCCUCUGUCUUUCUGUCGGUCAACUGUCCAAGCCCUCCCCUGUUUCUCUGCUGUUGAAAUGCUGUGUUAUUAUUUCUCCAACGCAAGUCAAAGCCUAUCCACCUCAAAUAUACGCUGGACUUUGACUCUGUUUCGAAGAUAAUGUCAAAUCAAUGUGUGUCAUAGACAGCUGUACCGUACGGGACAAAUAGCAUAGCUGGAAUCUUCAAGUUGCCGCACCUCGCUGUUUUGACUCGACUUGCUGUCGUUCGUUAUCCAUGCGGUCCACAUCGGUGUCGUCAUCAGCCAUUUUUUUUUUUUUUUUUUUUGAAACACAGUUGUCUCUUCCAGCAUAUCUGGUCAAUAUUAUCUGGGUGUCGAGAAAGAGGAAAUGUAACCUCUUGCCCUCUAUUUUCUCUCUCUGUCUUCCUCUUACUUUCUCCCCUCAGUUCAGCGAUCAAUGCCGAAGGAGGCAAGAGAUCUUCUUUUUURCCCCUGCUCUGUCUCCCUGAGGUUGAUUGACUGCACAUUAAGUCAAGCCUGUCUGCUCACAUUUGGUAUAUCAAGUCUCGCUCCAGCAUCAGCAUCAACUCUUCAGCUAUACAAAGCUGGUUGAAGUCCCGUUGGGGGAAAAUACAACAGUGGAGGUCAAUGGAUCGUUGGCGUAUUCAAAGUCUCCAUUGUAGGUCUACCUGAAUUGUUGGUCUGUCGUCUCCUUGAAGUGGAGACUUCUAAGUAAGGGAAUACUUGAGGAAGCCAUGAUUGUUUGGAUAGUGAGUUUAGUUUACAGUUCAUUUGAUGUUGUAGACCUGUGUCGUAUUCAUUAUUCACCAGAUGGAAGAAAAUGGACUGAAACGGGGAGGGACUACCUGGACUUGUCCAAUAAGAAACGGUCAUUUCCAUUCAAGACGUUUUUCAUUGCUUGCCCGAAUGAACAGGAUUUUGAAACGGCCCAAAAGCACAUUAGGGAACAAAUUCUGCUUUUUAAUAARGAAUGAGAGAUUUUAUUGGACACAGAAACACACACACACACACAAACGCACACACACAAUUGCUCUCUCACACACACACACACAUACACUGAAGAGGCACCUGAGAAAUGUAGAUGUGAGGGCAGAAUGUAGCGUUUUCUUCCUUCUCCGGCAAUCUUGGAGCACUGUCAUAUUUCCCAGGAUGCACAGGGAGCAGUGAGGGAUGUGAGUGAUGUCACAACUGUUGGUCAUGUUUUACGCCAGAUCCAUCAGACUUCUAGCCUGGUUGACAAUGCGGUGAGUGUUCAGUCUGAUUUAACCAGACUUCACCAAGACAACACAAAUCCCUCAUUUUAAGCUGAAACAAUUCACUCGCUCCAUCRCCCGUCAGAGGAGAAAAUCCUUAAACGCGAUACCGUCUUAGUUCGCCGAGGUUUGGGAGAUUUCUUGGGAGUUAAGUGGAAGAACUUAAGAUGUAACUUAAGUCUAAGUUAAGGCAGAACUAGAAAUCUUUCUUUUAUGUAAUAAAAUGAAUUGGGAAAACUUGGGAGAA